UCAACAUUACCAAUGUAAUGACAGUUAGGACGAUGAGCUUUCCUCUGCUUUACCUUACCUUGGGAAUCCUGUCAGUAGUGUCCAACGUACAAACCCAACAUGAUCCGCAUUUCUGGAACGGACACAGUGGUAUUGUGCACCUCUUCGAGUGGAAAUUCUCCGAUAUCGCUCUUGAGUGUGAGAGGUUUUUAGGACCACGAGGUUACGGAGGUAUACAGCUUUCACCAGUUAAUGAGAAUGUGAUUGUUCAAAUUGGAAAUAAUCGUCCAUGGUGGGAAAGAUAUCAGCCGGUAUCUUAUAAACUCACGACCCGUUCAGGUAACGAGCAAGACUUUCUGGAUAUGUCUCGCAGGUGCAACGCUGUAGGAGUUCGCUUGUAUGUUGAUAUCAUCAUCAAUCAUAUGUCCAGGGAUCCCAACGAUGGUACCAUAGGAACGGGUACUGCCGGUGCUAUCGCUAAUUCCGCAGCACGUGAUUACCCCGCCGUUCCAUUCUCGAUAGUCGAUUUUAAUCCAUCUUGUGAAAUUACCGACUGGGGCAAUGCUUGGCAGGUGCGAAAUUGUGAACUGUUGGAAUUACCAGAUCUGGAUCAAAGCAGAGAAUGGGUACGUGAAAAAGUGGUCGAGUUUUUAAAUCAUUUAAUUGAUCUUGGAGUAGCGGGAUUCCGAGUGGAUGCUGCCAAGCACAUGUACCCACAAGACAUGGAGGUGAUAUUCAAUCGUCUAAAAAAUCUGGACACCAGUUUUGGAUUUUCUGCUGGAUCACGUGCAUUUUUGAUGCAAGAAGUGAUCGAUGGUGGAGCUCAUGAGCCUAUUCGGAAAUAUGAGUACAUCCAUCUUGGAACAGUAACAGAAUUUCAGUAUUCUUUCUACGUUGGACGUGCUUUUACUGGUGGUGAUCUACUCGUGUGGCUGCAAAACUUUGGGGAAGAAUGGGGCCUUCUGUCUUCAAGAGAUGCGCUUGUUUUUGUAGAUAAUCAUGAUAACCAACGUGAUCACGCCUUGACUCACAAAUCGCCCAAGGCGUAUAAAAUGGCGACUGCCUUUGCUGCUUCUUAUCCAUUCGGACAACUGCGUAUCAUGAGCUCGUUCUACUUCGAUGAUAGAGAUCAAGGACCACCACAGGAUGCCAACGGAAAUAUCAUUUCUCCUUCGAUCAAUCCAGACGGAACAUGUGGAAACGGAUGGGUUUGUGAACACCGUUGGCGCCAAAUUGCUAACAUGAUUAACUUCAAGAAUGUUUGCUGGGGAACUCCUGUAGCAAACUGGUGGUCUAACGGUGAAAACAAGAUCGCAUUUUCUCGUGGCAACUGUGGUUUUGUGGCUUUCAACAAUCAAAAUCAGGCGGACAUGCUCGAAAUACUGCAAACUGGGCUACCGGCUGGAAUCUAUUGCGACGUUAUUUCCGGUGAUAAAGUGGGAAACUCUUGCACAGGUAAAUCUGUUACGGUGCUUGCUGAUGGUCGUGCUUCUAUCUACGUUCCUCAUGAUGGCGAAGAUGGUGUUUUGGCUUUCCAUAUUGGGGUAAGAUUCGAUUUGACCACGCAUCAUGAUGAUAUAAUUUUUUAUUCCAUUUUUCUUUUCAGUCUCGCAUUUAGACCAGUGCCCAGUUCAGUUCUUCGUAGAUGUCACAGUUAUAUUGAAACCACAAAUCGGCACACAAUUUAGAACAGAAUAAUAUACUCAGUACAACUAAACGACUUUGUUUUCGCCUGGAUUGUUGAAAUACAAAAAAAUGUCUUAUUCA